GCAAUUCAAAGUUGCCCAAAAUGACGUUAACUUUUAGUUUUCUUUUUUUAGGUAUAAAAUGGCUAGCCAAUUUAAAGAAGGUCGAGGCAAGCGGUUACUGCAAAUGUGUGGAAAUGAUAACAAUAAAGAAAAUAAUAACAUGAACCGCACAGAUGAUUUAGUACCCACCACCAGUAGUAUAAAACCAGGCAUUGAUGUAUCAGACGAUACCGGAACAAUUAACGAUGACCUUGAACAGACUCUAAACUCGGAAUAUUUUUCUGAAGAUGAUGACGAUUCGGUGAAGGACCCUAACUAUUCGAGUAGUUCUUCCAGUAGCACUUCCAGCGGUUCUUCCAGGAGCUCUUCCAGAUCUUCUACGGUACAGCAUGUAAUCCCACCAACCAGUAUAAAUGACCCAGAAGUGUUAGGCGACCAAAACUUAAGACAAUCGAGCCCUCAAUAUGAAGAGAAGAAUGAAGUUAGUGAAAGUGACCAAAACAUUGACUUACCCAUCCAACAAUCUGUACAGGAGAACAAAGAUGAAGAAGGUGUCCAAGAUAUCCAACCACCGUCACAAUCUGUACAGGAGAGUAAUGAAGAAAUUACUCAAAACAUUAGACUACCGUCACAAUCUGCACAAGAAAAUAUAGAUGAAGAAGCGGCACAAAAUUUGACUGAAAUGGAGGACAACAGUAAUGUUAAGAAAGGCAGAAAACGUCUAGCAAGAGUUGAUGAGUGGCUAAGUGUCAAAGCAAAGAAAUUACGUAAUACCGUGAACUUGGAUCUGAUUAUACGGAAUGCUAUUUAUGGCAUGAAGGAGAAGCUAACAGAGGCGCAGACGAAAUCGGAUCUUGCAUACUUGAUUUUAUAG